GACUUUUCCUUUAUUAGCGCAUUCGAGUAUAGCGGGUUUUAAUGAACGCACAAGCUUUUCGUUGCGUUUUGAUUUGCAUUUUUUAAAGAUAUUUUUAGUGGUAACUAUUGUACAAAGUUUUAUAAAAGAUGUACAAAAUUGUAGCGUUUUGUGCUUUUGUUUUCCUGGGAUGUUUAGCGGCUAAAACACAGAAAGUUCAACUGGCGCCAGAGAAAGCUGGGAAGAUAAUACAAGAUGCAUUGCAAUGCGUUAGUGAGACCGGUGCUGACCCAGCGAUCCUCAUACAAAUCAAAGACAAAAAAUAUUCCGACGAUGAAACAGUUAAGAACUUCUUCUAUUGCGCCUUUAAGAAGACAGGCAUGGCGACAAAGAAGGGCGUGAUAAAAGUCGACAAGCUCUUAGACAUCUACCCCGACACAGUAGACAAAGAAGCGAUAAAGAAAGUCAUACUCGAAUGCCAACAGGAGAACGGAGAAGCUAACGAGAGAGUGUACAAAUUUUUCAAAUGUUACCAAGAAAAUACGCCCGUACGCUUAUCUUUAAUGAAAAAUUAACAAUAAUUAUAGAGGUGUACGUUUU